AUGGAAGCAAGCGGUAGAGAAAUGGAUAAUCCAGACGCAGAGGAGUGUGAGAGUGCAUCACUUGCAUUAAAAGCAACUAUUGCGAAUCUGUCACAAAAUCUGAUGCUGCCCAUCCACACUCAUUCCGUUACUAACGACUAUAGGAUUAGUCGUCAAGUACUUGGUGUGGGAAUCAAUGGAAAAGUAGUAGAAUGCGAAAGUAGAAAAACGGGCGAAAAGUUUGCUUUAAAGGUUUUACGUGAUGUGCCAAAGGCCCGUCGAGAAGUAGAACUUCACUACGCUGCUAGUCACCAUAAAAACAUCGUUCGUAUAUUAGAUGUUUAUCAAAAUACCUACAAUCAAGUGAAAUGUUUGCUUGUCGUAAUGGAAUGUAUGCAAGGGGGUGAACUCUUCACUCGAAUACAACAGAGAGCACAAUCGGCUUUCACCGAACGUGAGGCAGCGCAAGUAAUGUCUGAAAUCUGUUCAGCUGUUGCUCAUUUGCACUCAUUGAAUAUCGCACAUAGAGACAUAAAGCCGGAAAAUUUACUUUACAGUUGUGAUGGGCCGUCAGGUAUUUUGAAACUAACCGAUUUUGGUUUUGCAAAACACUUGGAUUCUGCAGAUACCAGGCCACUAGAAACGCCUUGCUAUACGCCAUAUUAUGUCGCACCAGAAGUUCUCGGUCCUGAAAAGUAUGACAAAUCAUGCGACAUGUGGUCCAUAGGUGUUAUCAUGUAUAUUCUCUUGUGUGGUUUUCCACCAUUUUUUUCGGCAAAUGGUUUACCCAUGUCACCAGGAAUGAAAAAUCGAAUCAGGACGGGUAAAUAUGCUUUUCCUUCGCCAGAAUGGGAUCGGGUUUCUGAAGCAGCAAAAGAUUUAAUCAGAAAGUUGUUGCGUACUGAUCCUAGUGAACGUUUCACGAUUGAGCAGACAAUGAGCCAUAAAUGGAUCAUCCACUAUCAAAAGGUUCCGGAAACUCCCCUUUUUACUGCUUCAGUACUUGAGGAAGAGAAAUCUCAAUGGAUGGAGAUGCAAGACGAAAUGGAGAUGACUUUAGCAACGAUGCGCGUUGGCAACGAAGAUAUCCACAUUAAAAGUUUAAAAGAUUCAAAUAACCGUUUACUAAAUAAACGGCGUAACAAAAUAAACAAACGGUAA